UCCCCUUCUCCCUUCUUGGUUGGUGUGCGUUUGCCUUCUUUCUCUUUUUAGCUGCAUUGUCUGGCUCCUGUUGUGUUUCGCCCCUCUCAAUUUGGUGAAAAAGGGAAAAAAAAAAUUCAAGCUAGAAUUUCGCCAUCCGUGUCAACCAAGUCAAAAUGUCUCCCGCUAUCGUUCAAGCCGGUGCUGGCUCUGCCACUAAGGAUGUCAAGAGAGAAUCCGCAACUGCCCGUCUUCUGGGUUCUGGAACGGCCGGUAUCACGGAACUGAUGGUCUUCCAUCCUGUCGACACCAUCGCCAAGCGGCUGAUGAGCAACCAGAGUCGUAUCUCUUCUCGUGAGGCAAUGAACAAGGUUAUUUUCAAGGAGUUUGCCGACGCUCCCGCUGGUCGCAAGUUUACCUCUCUCUUCCCCGGUCUCGGCUACGCCGCUGGAUACAAGGUUCUCCAGCGUAUCUACAAGUACGGUGGUCAGCCCUUCGCUCGUGAUUAUCUGGCCAAGAACUACGGUUCCGACUUUGACAAUGCUUUCGGCAAGGGAACUGGGAAGGCUAUCAUGCACGCUACAGCUGGAAGUUUGAUUGGUAUUGGAGAGAUUGUUCUUCUGCCUCUCGACGUCCUCAAGAUCAAACGUCAGACCAACCCCGAGGCCUUCCGCGGCCGCGGUCUUUUCAAGAUCAUUCAGGAUGAGGGCAUGGGUCUGUACCGUGGCGCUGGCUGGACUGCAGCCCGUAACGCUCCUGGAUCAUUCGCUCUUUUCGGUGGUUCCGCCUUUGCCAAGGAGUACAUCUAUCAGCUGAAGGACUACAACUCCGCCACCUGGGGACAGAACUUUGUGGCUUCCAUCUGUGGUGCCAGUGCCUCUUUGGUUGUGUCUGCUCCUCUGGACGUCAUCAAGACCCGCAUCCAGAACCGCAACUUCGAAAACCCGGAGUCUGGUUUCCGUAUCGUGUCCAACAUGAUGAAGAACGAGGGUUUCGCCAGUUUCUUCAAGGGCUUAACCCCCAAGCUGCUGAUGACCGGACCCAAGCUUGUGUUCAGCUUCUGGCUGGCUCAGACGCUGAUCCCUGCGUUUGGACAGGUUGUGUAAAAAAGUAACUAUAUGUUGAUUAUUAUAGCGGGUGCUUUGCUUUUUGGGACACGAUUCAUUUCUUUAUGUUCAAAGUUUUUGGUGGUGGUGCCAAAAUAGAGCAUGCUGUUGAGCCUUGCAUGUUUGAUAGACAAGACAGUUUACUUUUGCUUUCACGAGUUUGAGAUGGCGGCAUGGCGAU